AUGAGCCUGUGUGCGUGUCCAACUUCGGGGCGUCCACACCCCUCGACAUUGCUCAGGCAGUUUGUUGAUCCUCGAGGGCGUGCUCUGUCCUGUUUCGCCGUUGCCGAAACGCAGGGCCUCGUCGCAGUAUGCACGGAGACGUAUGACCCGCAGACUCAGCUUCUGCUAGAUAGGGCGUAUGGGCGCACUCCGGGAGAAACCGCAGGCAGCGUUUGCUCACCAGGCGACACCUGCGGGGUUUUGUCGUUCUGCAGCGGCGGUUCCCAGCAAGCAGUGUCAGGGGAAACUCCUCGAGACUCUUUGGGGGUGCCUGGCAGGCAGGGCGCUUUUGGGCGUCCUCCUGAGACCGACAUUCCGCCGCGCGAGCCGGACACUUUCCGAAGCGCCCAGCGGGUAAUUCAUCCGGCGCCGCGACUUGAAGCUUCGUCGCCUGGCCAGGUUGAACUCGACUGCCAGCCUUCUUUGGCGGGUCGCGAUCAGAAUGGCGCAAUCAGAAGCAGAGAAAAACUUCUUGGAGAGAUCCAAGAAGUACAGCACCGGCACAAGCGGUGCUUCGAGAACCCUGAUCGAUGUGGCCGGUGCAUCCUUUUCCUCGACAGCCGAUCUCUGCUUCCGUUGAGGGAAGUUGUGAUUGGCGACAUGCCUGACCACCGCGAAAACAAUUUGAUUUGCUGUUGUUGUUGCAACCGCUGCGCUGAAGGCCUCUGCCGAAUGUGUUCCUUCCCGCUCCCCGAGCGCACCUCCCGGCUGGCAGCGCAGUUUCCCUCUCCAGUUCCGCAUAUUUCUGCGGAGAGAAACGCGCCCGUCUCUGAGAUAAGCCAGGAGUCCUCGCAGUUCCGGAAAGUGGAGGGCACCAAAACUGAGCAGACGGAUUCACCCGAGUCCGAUCCUUCGUGUGACAAGCAUUCGACUUCUUCUGGCGCCUGUCUGGAGUUUGACCGAGACCGAUCGCCUUCUUCCUUUCCCCUGAGGCAGACAGAACGUUCGAUCACACUGCACGAUCGCGGCGCUGCAAAGAAACGCGCGGAGGCGCGCCUGACGGGUAAAGGGAGUGUCCCGGAUUCUUUCCGAUGUGAAACUCUCGCUUUCGCGUGUCGAGACCGACUCAUUUGCGCGGUUUCCUCUUUUGCAGGAGUGAAGGUCGUGCAACUCGGCACACUCCCUGUUUUCGCCCCCCACGAGUCGGCUGGCUGUGCUUCGACGGCCUCGGGCGAGAGCGGGUGGCGCGCGCCUACCUCGGUCGCGCCUUCCUCUGAUCCAGCAGCCUCCUGUCGCAACGCUCUCCCGGGGAACGGCCACACAGCUUUUCCAAGCCCCGUGUCUUUCGACAUCGAGGGGCGGUUCCCUCGACUUCUCACCCAUCUCGAGUUCGUCCCGAGUUUCGCUCCCACUGCCGCCCACCUCGACGGAUUUCGCCUGCUUGACGCCGGCCAGCUGGAGACUCGUGAGCAGCAAGAAGCUCUUCUCAGGCGUCUGUGGACCUUUGACAACUGGGUGGGCCCCUUGUGUGGCAGCGCCGCCGCCGGGGAGCGACCGGCGCCUGGUCCGACUUCACCGUCUCGCGAGCCCUCGCGUUUUCUCGGACCUUGCACGUUUCUGGACUGUCUGGUGCACUUUCGAGGUCAGGCGCCGGUGCGUCUCGUUGUUGAUGUGACGCACGGAAACCGCGUUCUUCGCUGCGUUAGUCUUCUGCCACGUGAGUUGCUGCUGCUCUGUUGCUCGCCUUCGCGCGAAGAAACAGCCUCGCUGGAGACCCCGGCUGGGUCGCCUGAGCAGCGCAGGGAGAACGGCGGAGAGAAAAGAACCUUGACGCUUCCCCUCUGUCGAUUGUCACCUUCGCUGGCUCCUAUGCCGCCGUCUGCAUGCGUCCCGGCGUCUCCUCUUUCAGCAGAGUCUCCCUGCUCUCCGCGUCCCUCUGCGUUCGCCUCCCCUCCGGCUGACUUCGCCCACUCUGGCUCUUCGUCGCUGCCUUCUCCACCUGCUGGGGGCUCUCCUGCAUCGUCGCCUUCUUUCUCGCCGUCUUUCUCUUCGGCCCUUCCGCCUUUUCCCUGUCCCUUGCCGCUGAGGAGGAUGCCCGCUCCCCACAAAAGGGGACAACCCUCUGGAGAUUCGCCGACCUGCGUGGCGGACAGCGACCGUUUGUUCGAUUCCAAUGAGGGCGCGCCCCCGUCCACACCUGCGCAUGCGCUUUCUUCCCACGCGUCCGGCUCUCCCCACGCGGGGAAGAAAGCCGACGCCGAGAUGGGAGGCAAACCCUCCUCUCUCAAAAGCAAUGGCGGCUCUCAGGCCUCUGCGGGAGCAGUCAACGCGCUCAUCACAGCCCGAGACUUCAAAGAGGGGACCUGGAAGGUGAAGGAAGGGGUUCGCUUCCCUUUCGCGGUCUUCAAAAAAAAAGAAGAUUUCCGACUACGGUUGACUGCUGGGGUCCAUGUCACGCAGCCGUCUCCUGCCCUCGUCACAGGCGCCACAGCUAAUGAAAACGGCGUCCCGCUAUCUUCUCCUCCCUCGUCUUCGUCCGCUUCUUCGUUGUUUGGUGGCAGGCUUGGGCGCAGAGGAUCGAUCAACGGGUGUCUCACGAGAGGAACAGACUACAGCGCAACUGAUGCAUUUGUUCCGGACAAGUCGUUCAGUCACCUCGAGGCGGACUUUCCCGUACAUGCGUUCCGGCAGCUGCUUCUUUCGCAGAAGCCUGUCGGGAAAGCAAAGACGGGAGAGACCACAGAAAAGCUGGUUCGCCUUCUCCCGCUCCCCACAUGCCCGGAGAGUGUCCCGACACUGGCGGACGUGGAGCGCGGUGUAUGCGCGCCUCCUGGCGCCUCGGGCGAGAACCCAAAAGGGGGUGACCAGGCUUUGCCGUUCUUCGACAGCGCCGCUGGAGAAGGCCGAAGCGCGGCGAGGGUCGCAGAGAGCUCCUCCGAAGAGGAGACGAGUGAAGAGGACGACGCCGAAGACACGGAAAACGACCAAGAAGGCGAACUUCAUCCGGAGGAAGAGUGGCUUGUGGCGCUUGCGUUGCCUCACGCGCUGGUCGUGGUUGUCGAUUUGCAUCACCGCGUCGUUGCCAGACAUAAAUUUGGACUGUCCAAGUCGACGCCUUUCGACCGUCUCGCUGCUCAACGGGAAGGACGCUUUUUGCUGGCCUGGAAGGAACGUCAGUGCUCCGUUCUGGAGCUCAUCGAUGAACCGGAGGCAUCGCCGCGGCGCGCGCUGUCUGCCUUCGCCUCGGCCCCAUUCUACGCGCCUUCGGGGAGUCUGUGGCUGAAGUUUUGGCGGCGGAGGCCGCGCGCGCCUCCCGAGUCUCUGGCCAAGAAUGACCAGACGGAAGAGAAAAGAGCUGACUCGCUACUCAGCGACGGUCUCGCCUCGUCCUCUGCUCACCCGUCUGCCUCUGCCAUGCCGCCCCCGCCUCUGCGGCUGCGACUUCAUUUGGAACUGCCAGUCGGCGCCCGGUUCGGCCACAGCGGGAGCAAAGUCGAGAGAUUUGUCACGUUUGCUUUCUCUCAAGACCCGUACCUAGGCUGGCUAGUCGUCGUGUCGCGUCGAGGCGUGAUUGAAUGGAUGCCCCUGACUGCCUCCGACCUCCUGCUGCUGCCUAGCCACCGGCGGUUCCUCGCCCUGUUGACCGACUCGGGUGCUCCACACCAAGAGGAGGCGUUCGUCGCGCCGUACGUCCACUUCAGUCGUCUCUCGAGCAACCGGGAACACCUCAGCCGGGCACUGGACUUUGACAGAGGCAGCACAGACGGGAGUUGCUUCGAGGACUCCUCCGACAGCACUGAUGGAUCGAACCGCAGCGACAACGAGGAGCACCAAAGCCGCCUCCAGUUUUCGCCCUUUACCCUUCCCUCGCGACGGCGCGAGAGAAGACGAGAGGACAGGCAGCAAAGAAGACAGUCCGCUUUUUCCCCGUUCGGCAGAACCGACGAGCAGAGCGCAGCAGGAAAUGAGGACCCGGCGGCUGUCCGGAGAGGCGCCAGCGCAUGCGCGACGGGUGUAUCAGCUCACAAACGGAGGAAGGCCUUCAAAAAGGCGUUCAGGCGACUGCGCGAGAGACAGCGAAAACGCCUCGAAGCCGCAGGCCUGGACCCCCGGCUGCACGCGCACCUGGAAGAGAAAGUUUUUUACCAGCCCCUCGAGGCUCUCCGGAAGCUCCAGCAAGCGCCGGCCGGCUGCUGGGCCUCCCUGGACGACAUUGACAAGUGGAGCGAAGAAGCAGAAAAAGAGCAUGCAGAAGGUAGCGGAAGGGCGAGAGAGCGCCAGGAGCCUGUGGACGCAGAAGAACUGCGACCGGGAGAUAUGAAACCAAGCGAAGCGUGCCCGCCUUCCUCUCCGUCGGACCCGAGCUCCUUCGCUUCUUUCUGUGUGCGGUACGGCGGCUACGACCGCGUCGCCUCUGCGAAUCGCUGUAAAAUCCUGGGGCACCUCUAUGCGUCCUAUCGCCGCAAUUUGGGCCCUCCGCAUGCGUCUGUUUCUUUGUCUGGCGGUCUCAGCUGCCGUCGGACCGCGGCGAACGCAGAGGCAGCGGCUGCAGCCGCGACGGUCGCCUAUCGCCAAGCGAUGCUUCUGUUCAACAACGACCACUGCCAGCCGGUGUAUUGGCUAGCUGGACGCUUUGGCCCAGCUGGAGUGGACACGACGACGCCUGUGAAAGCUGUGGCACGAGCUGUGGCAGAAGCCCACGCCCGAGCCGCCUGGCCAGCUGCGGCGAAAACCGAGUCCUCGUCUGCUGCGGGCGACUCGGCGUCUGGUGAUUUCCCUCGAGAGGCGCAGGUGCAUGCGCCCUCGGCCGCGUGCGUCUCAGCGCUUCCGUUCGAAUCCGGUCCCCUUGGUCAGGCGCCGGGGCGGAGCUUGAGUGUGGGCGAUGCCAUCGGAGCCUGGCAGAUGGUGAAUGUUUCCCUGGAGUGCGCCACAGCUGCGAUGAAAGGACAGUUCUUGGAGAAAGUCCGGAAUGAAAGGGGAAGAGAAACCGCGGAGACCGGCCGCGUUUUCCUGGGAGGCAAAGCAGCCGAGACUCCGGUGGCUCAAAACGGGAAGGCGCGGCGAACGGCAGACCCUGACGGCAGCCUCCAACGCGCCUUUCAGAGCACACGUGUGAAGCGCUCUGCAGUUACGGGUGAGAUCGAGGAAACGGUCGGAGACGGGAAUCCCCCAAGGAAGAGCUCGCGUGCUGUGGAAGCAGAGAAAGAGAACAGGCGACAGGGCCGGGCGCUGGAUGAAGCGAGUCAAGGGUCCACAGCGGAAGACGGUUCACCGAAGAAAGUGCGGCAGCCAACGAGCUUCGCCGCAAGAUUUCCACGCUUGGCAGGACGGCUAGCGAAGGCACUGGAGGCGCUUGACGGCCAGCGCGAGCACGAGGCGGAGGCAACAAAGCCGUCGGGUCCGCUGCGUGGAAGCCAAACUUUGGUGCACUCGCGUCGAAGUGGAUCUACGCGGGUGCAUGCGACGGCAGUGGAGAAGCAACUAGGAAUUCGUGGUGACGGAGCUCUGCCGGCGCCAGAGAAGGAUCGGGAGGGUUGCCGGGCGUGCGAAACAAACGGCGCGGGACAGGCGGAAAGUGCUUCUCACACACAUCAUCGGAAGAGUCAUGGUGAUCGGGAGGGAGGGGACCGACCUGAGGCGCUCGCUGAGACUGAGCAGGGGCAAGGCACUUCCAGAUGUUUCGACGCGUCUCGGGAAAAAGGAGAACCCGACGUGUUCGCUCCAGAAGACGACCAGAAAGCGCUGGUUCAGAAGCUCGUGUUGAUCCGAAACACGGUUGCCUUUGAUUCGUUCGCCCCGCCCCUGCGACACCGACGGCGAGAGCUGCCGUCGGAUUUCUCUCCGGCGGAUGUCCGUACACCCAGGCAAACGGUUGGUCAAGUGGAACUUUGCAAGAAGCAGGGAAGUUCAUCCAGACGAGGCCAAGACGGCAGUCCCGAGAGAAUGCCGAACCACGAGCUGACUCAAGAAGACGUCGCACGGGAGAUAUUGAGGGGAGAAGAGCCGGCACUGGUCGGUGGGAAGAAGUAUCCGACCAUUUGGCAAAUUCCGAUCUUUUCUCCUGUCGAGUAA